AUGCUGUCCGGACGAUGUCAGCAGUGUAGAACGGACGAUAAGCUGACAGAAAAGUCACACCCGCUUCCCCCCUUCUCACCUACUCUUCCCUCUUUCUCCCCUUUUCCCCGCAAGCAGAAGGUACUGCAGCUGCACCCUAGCUGCCCGCCAUCAGUGCGGCUGGGCAUCGGCCUGUGCCACCUGCGUCUCUUCGCCUCCUCAGCAGCGCGCCAGCCAGCAGCAGCACGCAGGGAGUUCCACGCGGGCAAGGCCAGGCAGGCGCUGGAGCGGGUGCUGCAGCUGGAGCCAGGGAACGCAGACGCGCUGGUGGCUCUUGGGCUGUUGGAUGUGAACUCCGACGAUGUGACUUUUGAGAAUUCUCAAAAGUCACUCCAGCCACCCAUCCUGCACCGCACCUCCAUCGCCCAUCGUUCCCUUCACCUGCCCCACCUCUCUGUCCUCCCCUCUGCCCCCUCGCCUACCGCAGUCACAGCAGUGCAGCGGGGCCAGCAGCGCAUGCUAGCAGCGUUCCACGCCUUCCCGUUCCACCCCAUGGCGCUCAACCAUCUCGCCAACCACGCCUUCCUCGCCGGCCCUUCACUGCACGGCCUGGUCGACCCCCUGGCUGCGCUCGCCCUCGCCAGCACAGAAGCUUCUCUGCCGCGCGCUGAAGCAUACUACUGCCUCGCGCGCACCUACCACGCUCAGGGCGACAGGAAGAAGGCGUUUGCGUAUUACAAGGCGGCCACGGAGACAGUGCAGCCGGGGGAGUUCGCGCUGCCCUACUACGGUACGCUGUCUCCCAACCCACUCUCCCGUUGCUCUCUGUCGCUGGCUGGGCAAAUUCAGCUGAGUCUGGGCGACGCCAAGGCGGCAGUGGGCACGCUGGAGAAGGUGCUGGCCGUGCACCCCACCAACAGUGACGCGCUCAAGGUGAGACAAGGGAGGGAAGUGGGCGACAGCGAGUUGGGGUGCAUGGGUAGCAGCACCACAGGGAGCAUGUUGAGCAGGUUGGGCAAGGCAUGGAUGCUGGUAACCCGCAGAAGUGCGCGCCUGGUCCAAGUGCGCGCCCUCGUUGAGGUGAGAGAAGGGAGGGAAGGGGGAACAGUGAGUUGGGGCGGUGGUAACCUGCAGAAGGUGCUGGCCGUGCACCCCAUCAACAGCCAUGCUUUCAAGCUGGUGGGCGCCAUUCACCUGCAGCAGGGCCGGCAGGACCAAGCCCUGGCGUGCUUCCGCAAGAUCACUCAACACUGCCCCUCUGACAUGGAUGCAUGGUUGGAGGUGGGAGAGCUUCUCGUCUCCUCCGACCUUCCUGCUGCGCUCGAGUCUCUCAAGAAGGUGCGCUCACACCCCAGGCAUACGAGCGCAUGUGAAGGUGGUGGGCAAGGAGGGCGUGUCAGUCCCAUCGGACUCGCCUCACUUAUUCUCCUCUCCCUCACUUAUUCUGCCUCCUCCACCCCCCUGUCUUCCCCUGGAGUGCAGGCAUAUGAGCGCAUGGUGAAGGUGGUGGGCAAGGAGGGCGUGUCAGCAUAUGAGCGCAUGGUGAAGGCGGUGGGCAAGGAGGGCGUGCCGUGGCAGCUGGUGAACAACAUUGCCGCGCUGCAGCAUGAGAGGGGCGCGUAUGAGGCCCCUCCGUUCCAACACCGCUGGUCACCUUCCCCUGCCCCUCUGCUGCUCUCCCCCUGUCCGUUUGUCCCUCUGUCGUUCUCUCAUUUUCCCCGGCUCACCACUGCUCCGCCCCCAUCGCUACAGGAAGCAGUGGCAGCAUACAAAGAGGCAUUGGGGCCACAUGGGCCGUGGGCGCCCAUCCUGCACCCUGAGGGGGCUGCACAUGCAGCGGGUGGUGGGGAUGCAGGGAGGGAGGCACUGCCAGUGGAGAAGGUGACAGUGGUGUUCAACCUCGCUCUCUCCCUCUCCCCCUCUGCACCCCCGUUCUACCCCCCCCCACCCCACCCACAGGAGGCAGUGCAGGCGUACAAAGAGGCUCUGGGCCCACACGGGCCGUGGGCGCCCAUCCUGCACCUUGAGGGGCUUGCAGACGAGGACGAGAGGAAAGGCGCAGAGACAGCACUGCCAGUGGAGAAGGUGACAGUGGUGUUCAACCUCGCUCUCUCCCUCGAGCGCACCUGCUGCCUCACCCAGGCCGCUGCCCUCCACCGCCUCAUCCUCUCUCAGGUGUGCCCUCCACCGCCUCACCCUCUCUCAGGUGUGCCCUCCACCGCCUCAUCCUCUCUCAGGUGUGCCCCAUUAUCGUACCCAUCCUACCUGGACUGCCAUCUACGCCUGGCAGUGAUGGCACUGGACCGCCGAGACAACGCCACUGCCAUGACGCAUCCGUGCUACAGCUGUGCGCCUGACAGUGUGGACGCGUUGCUGCUGCGCAGCCGGGCAGAGGCGGAGAGGGACGACCAUGCGGCAGCCAAGGACACGCUCAAGCGCAUCGUGGACCUCUCGCCUGAGAAAUGCACUGCUGCCCUUGUUGCCCCUGUCGAAUGCAGUGCAGAGUGCUCAUUCCUUGGUCCACGCAAGGGCACGCUCAAGUGCAUCGUGGACCUCUCCCCUGAGAAAUGCACGGCUGCGCUGGUUGCUCUGGGCAACUGGAACUUGAACAUGAGUGCUCGCCCCACGCGCGACACCAAAGCAGAGGCAUCCUUCCUUGAGAAGGCCCGGGAGAUGCGCCUCUCCUCUAAGCGGCGCCUCUCCUCAACCACAACCCCAUACAACCCCCACUUCCCCCACCUCCCAGGCAUUGACGGGCAGCAGCAGCAACAUGUAUGCAGCGAACGGGGUGGGGAGUGUGGUGGCGGAGAGGGGCCUGUUUCGACUCUUCCUCUCUUCCCCUCUUCCUCCUCCUCCCCCUUCCCCUCUCCCUCCUCCUCCCCUCUCCAACAGUACGAGAAGACUUUGAAACGCUUCUUUGCAAGCGGGGCAGUGGGGGCGAGCGGGGCCGAGGGCUUCCACUUGCGCACUUUGUCCUAUAUGGCGCGCUGCGCGCAGUACGACGCCGACCAGCUGGCGCAGUGCCGCCGCUCGCUGCUGCUGGCGGUGCAUGUAGCGCCGAACAACGCCGCCCUGCGGUUCAACGUGGCGGUGGCGCUGCAGAAAAUGGCCGUGACUGUGCUGAAGCAGGAGAAACGGACGGCAGAGCAGGUAUGGAUGAGAGGGAGGAGGCGUGGGAAGGAUUGGGGAAAGAGGGGUGAGAUGGACGAUAACAGCGGUGGUGCAGCAGAAGAUGGCAGUGACUUUUCUCAAGCAGUCCAUAUCUCCUCGCAUGCCUUCCAACGCCCACCCUCUCCCAACGCUUACUCCCGUCAACGCCCACUCACUUCAACUCACUCCAAUGAUUGCCUCGUUGCUCGUGUGCAUCAGGUGCGCAAGGUGGUGUCCGACUUGAAGACCGCCCUCCGGCUCUUCUCCCAGCUGGCAACGCGGGGAGUACAGGGGUCACAGGGGGGGGUCGACAAGAAGAAAGCCAACUCGCACCUCGAGUACUGCCAGCAUGUGCUCAGCUCGGCCAAGCAGCAUCUGGAGGUGGCCGAGAGGGAGGAGCAGCAGCGCAAGGUCAGCUCCCUCUCCCUCUUUCUCCCAGUCUCGCCGUUCCCCUCCCAUCCUCCUCAUCUCAUUCCUCUCUCUCACUACCCCCAUAUCCCAUGA